UAUAUUAUAUGAAAAAAAAAUUAAAUGUCUUAAUUAUUAAUAAAUAACAAUUCCAACCUGCAACCCGGGUCGCCAUAGCGAUUUAAGUGUGAUCAAUAGUACUUCCCUGAGCUGGUAUAGGACUACAGAUCGUGUUAAAUCAUCCCUCCUGCGAAAACCGUGAAUAUAUAAUAUCGUAACGUCGCCCACCCUUAACCUAUAUUGAUAAAUGUUGUUUGAUGAUAAAGUAUAAUAUCGUCACUCGUUGAUACAAUGCCGGGUAAAGCGUGUCAAAGUUUUGAAGAGAAACCCGAAAACUAUCGCGGCAACGAGAUAGUGACGGUCAAGUUCCUCACGGACGCUAACGAAACGCUGACGCAAGCGUUUGACCUGAACACGGACAUCGGUGCGCUCAGGUCGCACCUGCAUCGGACGCUGAACGUGGACCAGAACCUGAUCAUUGUCGAGCGCGAAGAAGUGGGGGGAGAAGUGUCGAGUAGACCUCGCGACGAGCAGACGCUCGAGGAACUCGGGGCGACGUCGUUGGGCAUUUUCGAACUGCGCUUGAGAGGUGACGGCGUACGGCUUCCCAAGCCACCCGCGUACUACUUGCCAGCGGUGGACGUCAUCACAGUGGACGUGAACCGCAGGCAACUGGUGGUGGAAAUCGAACGGUGUGGCCCGGCUGACGGCCAUCACAAACGGUGGCUGGGCGGGUACCGGGACAAGCGGACCGGCAAGACGUACCACCACGCGGCCGCGCAGACCGAUCCCUGCAGGCCUGUGGUCAGCGACGCGAACGUCGUUCACCGGACGGACGGCCGGACGCAGACUUGCAUGGACAGGGCGGUGGGCCGGCCGACGAGCCGAACGACGUGGACGCAGACCAAUCACGACGAGUUUUGCAGCGGCGGUUCCGUGUACAUGAUGGACGGAAAGCAGGUGAAGCCCGGACGUUACCACAGUUAUGAAUCAUGGUUACGGGAAGAUCACGUCCUGAAUAGCGUGCUCAAGAUACAGCGGGCGUUCAGGAGGACUUUGGCGGCGCGCAAGAGACGGCGUCUGGCGGCUGCAGCCGAAGCGGAGAUGGACGACGAACAGCGACGGCUGCUGCUGCGGCAGAGGCAGUCGCGCAGCACGACGUCGGGACCGGACAGCGGUGCGGUGGUAACAUCGGCUCUGGAAUCUAAGCAGCAGCACUUCUAUUCGCUGUACACGAUGAUCGGAAAGUGGUGGAAGAAGGAGCGACAGCGGAUCAAGGAGAUCGAGGCGGAGAAGUCUAGGAAGGCGGCGCAGAUGAACCUGCUCAAGAAAGAGAUCAAAUUCCUGUUGGAGAUGGAGAAACAGCGGUCGGAUCUCAAGUACGAGCUGACCAAGCACGACGACGUGACGUUCCUGAACAAGACGUCCAAGCCGAAGAUGUUCAAGAACAGAGCGGGCAAGCUACUUACCGUGGACACGGUGGGCAACCAGAAGGCCCGUGCACUAAAGGAGAUCUACGCGAAAAUCGUGAUCCCGCACGAGGGUGUGAACCGGACCGAAGCAUUGGACGAGCUGCACGCCGCGGUGUCUGGGUCAUGUUACAAGUACAAGGAGCACUUACUGGCCGCCGUGGCCGUGGAAAAGGGCCUGGCUGCAAUGGGCGCGGACGCGGCCAGCCUGCGGUCGGCGCGGUCCCGGGUCGAGCAGAUGUUUCGUCACUACAUCCGGCAGCCGGACGUAAACCCGGAAGCGGACUCGUACUACCGGCCCACCGAGAAGCGGCUGCUCAACGUGUACACGUGCAUCCGGUGCAAACGCAACUUGGCGGCCACCGACUUUUCGCUGGAGAGCCGCGUGAACCGGACCAACGUGUGCGCCAGUUGCGAGUGGACCGAACAGGUGGGACACAAGCGCAUCGAUAUGGCGCCGUACCGACGGAUGCUGAAAGCGCUCCGGCACGACGAGAUGCAGAUGGCCGCGUACGGAUCCGAGUGUUUCCUGAUGCAGCCCACCGAGGUGUACCGGCUGGUGUCCGUCGUGUGGCGUGAGAAGUCGGCGGUCGGCGAGUCGGGUCAGCUCAACGGGCUUCGACUGGUCCGGUGGCGCCGUCACGAGCCCUGGUCUCCGUGGAACUGCGUACUGCUUACCAAGGCAGAAGCGGAGUCCCACUGCCGGCUGGACGGCGACCCGGCCGACUGUUACGACGAUCAGUUCGUCCGGUCCGUCACCAACAAACACCUGAUGGCCCGACUUCAGUUCAGCAACCUGGUGCAGGCAGUCGACCACCGGACCGCCGCCAACAGGACGAAACCAUUGUCGAAACAUUGGAAAACCGUCGCUGAUCGUUUUAACAUCAAUACGCGGAAAUAGACGCGUAGGUAAGUAUCGGCCAUUACCCGCACUGUGCUGCUGGACGAGUCUGUGCCGUUGAGGUUGAAUCGUAUAAGUAUAUUUGGAACUUUUAGAAUUUUACCGCGGAAAACUUCGUGAUGUAGGUUUAGGGACCAGACGUCUAGACAUUUUAUCCAAGUACACAGUUGUACGAUUAGGAGGUACUCUGGUACUCAACUGGCAGCUGAUGAUCAUUAUUACUUAUUAAGUAGGUAUACAUAAGUAUUAUAUUUAUAUAGGUAGUAGGUACAUAAAAUAUAAAUAGGCUUUGAUCAAAAUUGAAUUUGCAUAAAACUAUUUUUGUUUGAUUAGUUGAUGAGAAAUGAUAUUUCUAGGCUAAUUGCGUAAGAAUGAGAGAUGGGUUUGUAGGGAUCAGGAUUACCUAUCAAGAACUUGAAGGUUUGUGCGUGUUUCAGUAUUUGAGUGCAACGGCAUGGAAUAUUUUGUGAUAGCAGUGGACACACAUCGGACAGCAUUAGGCUAAUGUUUGAAUGGAUUGUGAAGAAGUUGUUACUCGUUAGUCGUUACUAAUGCAAAUAAUGCAACUCGUGUUAUAACCAUAUAAUUGGAGCAUGUUUUAAAUAUUAUACAUAAAUAUUAGAUAUUUUAGCCACACUACAAUUAUAAAGGUACCACAAUAUGACAUAACCAUUUACCGGUGAAAUAAUUUGUUUAAAAUAAUAAUAAUAGGUAAUUGGUACUUGUAUUUUGAAAUU